AUGCACACUAUGCUCUUCAUCCCGGAGCUGAUCGGGAGCGGCCACAUCCAGUCUCGCAUCGGGCUCUCGGCCCCCGCCUUUGCCUUCCCUCCCGGCUUCGACUUCUACGCCCACGUGGCCGAGCAUCAGGCGGGGUCGGAGCCCGCGCGGGACAGCGCCGCGAGCCCUGGCCGGUGCGACUGCCUGCUGGUGGACGAGGCCCAGUUCCUGACGCAGGCGCAGGUGCGCCAGCUGAGCCGCGUGGCGGACGAGCUUGGCGUGCCCGUUCUGUGCUUCGGCCUGCGCACCGACUUCCGGGGGGAGCCCUUCGAGGGCAGCCGGUACCUCCUCGCGUGGGCUGACGUCCUCUCGGAGAUCAAGACG